GUUAAGAAGAUAGAGCUGUCAGUGGUGUCAAGUUCAAAUUUAUUGAUCGAUUGGAUUAUCUUUGCAAAUUCCUGUCCCAACUCCGAAGUGUAUUAUUUGCUGGUUUUUAUCGUCGUUUUUUUUGUUAGCUCGUCCGUGCAGGACAGAUUAGCCGCGUGUUCAAAUACUGGUCGAGUUGCUUCAGUAGAAAAAUCCAUCCUUCAACUGGAAAAAUGGGAAGCGAGUCCGAAAUCCCCAUGAGCAGCCAGAAGCCCAGGAGCUGUGCCGAAAACGGGGAAAUCAAGAUCGAUUACACUGCGGCCCAAAUGGACAGCGAUGAAGGCUCGCUGGGUCCGACCACCGGUAGCAAGCGGCCCUUCGAUGUUGCAGGUGUAUUUCCAAAUUUAAAAAUCAAACCCGGCCAAAUCAAUCAGAUUGCAAGUGGCAAAAACCCAGUCUCCAUACUGAACGAACUGUUCGCCACACUAACUUACGAAGUGGAAAGUGUUUCGGGACCCGCACACGAUCCUAUGUUUGUGCUAUCACUCAAAGUGAAAAGUUGCGAACAAAAGUUCUUCGGAUCUGGACCCUCGAAAAAGAUUGCGCGCAAUAGUGCAGCUCUAAACGCUCUUCGGCUGAUUUUUAAUAUUUCGCAAAAAGAGGACUCUUUCGCCUCGUUUCAGAGCGACGACAGCCCACAGAAGGAGGGACGCGAAGGAAUGUUGAAACGCUUCCGAACUCUUGAUGACAAAACCUUCGACAAACCUAGCCCAUCGAAGCGCAAGCGACUCGAUAUCAAUCUGACCGAUAAGAAUCCGGUGUCCAUUCUGAACGAGCUGCGUGUUGGGGUGAAAUAUGAGGUGGUUGAUGUGACCGGGCCGCCUCACAACCCCGUUUUCAAUGUCUACGUGGAGGUGGAUGGGCAAAAGUACUACGGAAUCGGCAUGUCGAAGAAAACGGCGCGUGCUAAAGCGGCCGAAGAGGCGCUCAAGUCCUUUGUCCAAUUCCCCAUCAAUGGGACUAUAUUUUCAAUGUCCAACGCAACCGUGAAGAACACGGACUUCACCAGCGAUAAAAUCUCCGAUGAGAACAAACCGACGGCAGUGAUUCCUCCCAGAGAUAAAAACCCAGUCAUGUUGCUGAACGAGCUUUAUCCGAAUGCGGUUUACACUUUCACACACCAUGAAACUGAUAUAGUUAACCGAUUUAAGACCACGAUUGCCAUUGAGAAUGACAGUUUUUCUGGAACGGGUUCCAGCAAAAGAAACUCCAAAUGUGCGGCCGCCAAGAUAGCGCUGGCCAAGCUCAUCAAGUACGUCCCCUCAAGCAUUCUGAACGGCACUCAGUCGGAUCUCGGUUCGAACAUGACUCGCGAGAGUAUGCUUAAAGCCGAUGGAAUCGGAAAGAUGGUUAACGAUAAGUUCUCGGAAGUGAUGGAAGGCGACACCCAACAUCAGCGCCGCAAGGUUCUGGCCGGCAUAGUGAUGACGAGGAGCGACACUUUGGAUGAUGCGGAGGUUCUAUGCGUGACCACCGGCACGAAGUGCGUCUCGGGAGGCCACAUUUGCCUCAAUGGCACCUCAUUGAACGACAUGCACGCCGAAAUCCUCGCCAGGCGAUGCCUGAUUAGCUACCUGUUCGAUCAGCUGGAAUUGAUCACUGAUCCAGAGUUGACAUCAACAUCGAUCUUCACCCUGAAAGAGAACAACCGAGGGUACAGACUGAAGGACGGCGUCGAGUUUCAUCUGUACAUCAAUACCGCCCCUUGUGGCGACGCCCGCAUUUUCAGCCCGCACGAAGACUCUGGCAUAGAUCGGCACCCUAAUAGGAUAUCCCGAGGUCAGCUACGUACCAAAAUCGAAUCCGGGGAAGGCACAAUUCCGAUCAAGGGCACUUUUGUCUUCCAAACCUGGGAUGGUAUUAUUCAGGGUGAACGGCUUCUCACAAUGUCAUGUUCCGAUAAAAUAUGCAAAUGGAAUGUUAUGGGUCUCCAAGGAGCAUUAUUGUCACAUUUUAUUGAGCCGAUCUACCUUAAGAGUCUUGUAUUGGGCGGCUUAAUGAAGGAAUCUCACUUGUACAGAGCCAUAUGCGGAAGGAUAGAGAACACCCUUCAGGGGCUACCCCCGCCGUUUCUUUUAAAUCGUCCGGAAAUGUUAAAGUCCACGUCUCUGGAGGGCAGGCAGGCACAGAAAGCGCCAAGUUUUGCUGUGAUUUGGGCGAAAGACAUGGAAAAUCCGGAAGUUGUCUUCACCGACACCGGAAAGACCAACACUGGCAUUUCUGCGGUCUGCAAGCAGAAUAUUGCCGUCAAAUUCUUUCGGCUGCAUAACAAACUGUCCACCAUCGACGACGAUGAAAUUAACAUGAGAUCGUACGGUGAUGCGAAAGAAUCGGUCAAAACAUAUGUGGCAACAAGACAAGUCCUCUAUGAAGCAUUUCAAAAGGCGCAGCUGGGAAGAUGGGUUGCGAAACCAAUCGAACAGGACUUGUUCGAGUUUUUUGAGCCUGCACAAAGUGGACCUAUCGAAUAAAUAUGGCCCUUUCACAUGCGAUCUGAUCGUCGUUGAGUUGCACGAUUUGAGUCCUACUAGAAUACCUAGUUGAUAAACGCGUCAUGUGAUUUAGUUAGUAAAGUUGUAUUUUUAUUUAGGCGCAACAGUACAAAUCUCGCAGUUCUGCUGUUGUAUAUGUGAAUAGACUAUGUUUUGUAACUGUUA